UCCCCAGGGCUGCUCCCUGUUGCCCCCCUGGUGUUGUCACCCUGUGGGGGGACAUUGGGGGGGCCCUUCUGCCCCCAGGGCUGCUCCCUGCAGCCCCCCUGGUGUUGCCCCCCUGUGGAGGGGACAUUGGGGGGGCCCUUCUGCCCCCAGGGCUGCUCCCUGCUGCCCCCCUGGUGUUGUCACCCUGUGGGGAGGACGUUGGGGGGUCCCUGUUGUCCCCAGGGCUGCUCCCUGCUGCCCCCCUGGUGUUGCCCCCCUGUGGGGGGACAUUGGGGGGGCCCUUUCUGCCCCCAGGGCUAGUCUCUGCUGCCCUCCCCCAGUGAAUUGCCCUUUGCAGGGGGAUCCUGGGGAGAUUCCUUCUGCCCGAAGGCUGCUCUCUGUUGCCCUGCUAGUGAAUUGCUUCUUGGGGGGACAUCGGGAAGGUCCCUUCUGCCCCCAGGGCUGGACCCUGCUCCUCCCCUGUUCAACCGCCCUUUGUGGGACGCAUGGGGGAGGUCCGUUUUGCCCCAGGACUGGUCUCUGUUGCCCUCUUGGUAAUUUGCCCUUUAGAGGGAUGUUGGAGAGGUCCGUUCUGCCUCUAGAGCUGGUCCCUGAUAUCCCCAUGGUGUUGACGUUCGUUGGGAGGGGCGCUGGGGGAAGAUCCCUUCUUCCCCCAGGGCAGGUUCCUGUUGCCCCCAUGCUGUUGUUGCCCCUUGGUAGGGGUCUUGGAGGGUCCUUUUCACUCCUGGAGCUGGUCCCUGUUGCCCCUGUGGUGGUGUUGCCCCUUGGAGGGGGGGUAUUGUGGGGGCCCUUUCUUCCCCAGGGCUGGUCCCUGUUGCCCCCGUGGUAUUGUCAUCCUUUGGGGGACAUUGGGAGGUCCCUUCUGCCUCCAGGGCUGGUCUGUGUUCCCACCAUGGUGUCACAGUUCCUUAGGAGGGUACUGGGGGGCUCUGCCCCCAAACUAACCCUUAUUACCUCCUGUGUCCCCUAGCCCCUCAGGGGGAGCUCAGGGGCUCCUUCCUGCCCUGCCUUCCAGUUCAAACCUUGCCACCCCUGUGGCGUCAGAGCCCCUGUGGCAGAUUCCUGGGAUGUUGGGAGCCUUUUUUUUGUCCCUUCUUUCUGGGGCUGGUCCCUGUUGUCCCUGGGGAAUCGCAGUCCCGGAAGGGGUCCCAGGGAUCAGGUUCCCCCACCAAGGCUGGCAGGGGGCAAGAGCAGCUGGGCCUGGCGCUUCUGGGCUUUAACCUGUCGUUUCUGUCAGUUGCCAGCGAACCUCCAGCCCCGGCCUUGGCUCUCGCUGCCCGCGACACCACCACACUGCAGACAGUCUCUUGCAUUCAGGGUGAACGCACAAGAAAACAAGAUGUCGGAUAAAGGGAGCAGCAUGGACAGCAAGACGGACAUAGUGAAUGGCAGUUUGUCCAGCAGCCCAGAGGAGAUGUCAGCUGAGGAAGGCCGAGAAACCUCCUCUGGUAUUGAAGUGGAGGCCUCCGACCUCAGCUUGAGCCUCACAGGAGAUGACGUGGGGCCCAACCGCACCAGCACAGAGAGCCGGGACACAGACACAGAGAGCUCGGGGGAAGAGAAGGACUCUGACAGCAUGGAUGACACGGGCCACUACUCCAUAAAUGAGGAGAAUCGGGCCCAUGACCGGUCGCACUCGGAGGAGGAAGAGGAGGAGGACGAAGAGGAGGAGCAGCGGUCCCACCGCCGCGCCCAGCGCAAACGUGCCAACCACGAUCAAGACUCCUCCGAUGAUGAGCAGGCUCUGGAGGACUGGGUGUCCUCGGAGACCACGGCACUGCCCCAGCCCCGCUGGCAGGCAGUCCAUGCCCUCCGGGAAAGGGAGCUGGGCUCCAGCUCCCGCUUUGUCUAUGAGGCCUGCGGGGCAAGGGUCUUCGUGCAACGCUUCCGCCUCCAGCAUGGCCUCGAGGGCCACACGGGCUGCGUCAAUACCCUGCACUUUAACCAGCGUGGCACGUGGCUGGCCAGUGGCAGUGAUGACCUCAAAGUGGUGGUGUGGGACUGGGUCAGGAGGCAGCCGGUGCUGGAGUUUGAGAGCGGCCAUAAGAGCAACGUCUUCCAGGCUAAGUUCCUUCCCAACAGCGGCGACUCCACUCUAGCCAUGUGUGCUCGGGACGGCCAGGUCCGAGUAGCCGAGCUCUCCGCCACCCAGUGCUGCAAAAACACCAAGCGCGUGGCACAGCACAAAGGAGCUUCGCACAAGCUGGCCCUAGAACCGGAUUCUCCAUGCACUUUCCUAUCAGCAGGUGAAGAUGCUGUAGUCUUCACCAUUGAUCUGAGACAAGACCGACCUGCCUCGAAACUGGUUGUGACAAAGGAAAAAGAGAAGAAAGUGGGUCUGUAUACCAUCUACGUGAACCCAGCCAACACCUACCAGUUUGCUGUGGGAGGCAGAGAUCAGUUUGUGAGGAUUUAUGACCAGCGAAAAAUAGAUGAGAAUGAAAACAACGGUGUGCUAAAGAAGUUCUGCCCUCACCAUUUGGUAAACAGCGAGUCCAAAGCUAACAUCACCUGUCUCGUGUACAGCCACGAUGGGUCAGAGCUCUUGGCCAGCUACAACGAUGAAGACAUUUAUCUCUUCAACUCCUCUCACAGUGACGGAGCGGAGUAUAUCAAGAGAUACAAGGGACAUCGCAAUAAUGCCACUGUGAAAGGCGUCAAUUUUUAUGGCCCGAAAAGUGAGUUUGUGGUGAGCGGCAGUGACUGUGGCCACAUCUUCCUGUGGGAGAAAUCGUCCUGCCAGAUCGUGCAGUUCAUGGAGGGCGACAAGGGAGGAGUGGUGAACUGCCUCGAGCCGCAUCCUCACCUCCCCGUCCUGGCCACCAGCGGCCUUGACCACGAUGUCAAGAUCUGGGCGCCCACGGCAGAGAACCCCACCGAGCUGGCUGGCCUAAAGGAGGUGAUCAAGAAGAACAAGCUGGAGCGGGAUGAGGACAGUCUCCACCACACGGACAUGUUUGACAGCCACAUGCUCUGGUUCCUCAUGCACCACCUCCGACAGAGGCGCCAUCACCGGCGUCGAAGAGAGCCCGGGGCGCCGGACGGCGACUCGGACGAGUCUCCCAGCUCCUCCGACACCUCCGACGACGAG